GAAAAAAUGAAACCCACGUUGUACACUUCAACAUGACGAGAUCAAACUUAGCAAGGAUUUCUUUUUUUUAAUUUUAAUUAAAACUAGAAAAAACACCCAUGGCCACACCGAGAAACAGUGUACUGCUACCAUGAGGAAAUCCCAUGGAUAAUUGCAGCAUGGUGGAAAAGGCAGGCAUCCUACAACGGGGAGGUGACAACUUGAUAAUUCAACAGAUAUGCACCAGGGUUGAUUUGGAAUGCACCAUGUAAAAAACAUUUUAAGAUUCAUUUCGUCACCAUUAUUUACUAGUGCAGCCCAAGAUGAAUUCCAGAUAUAUUGUUCAACUACAAGGAAAAAAGCUUACCUCCAACUGGUCACGUAUAUCACAUUAUGUUCCCAAGUUAUUCUCAACUGAGGCAAAGUCGACAAAUGUUGGUGAUGCCUAUAAAAAUGUUAUGAGGAAGGUCCCACAGCCAGUGGUGGUUGUAACGACGUCUGGACAUGAUAUCUUAAACAACAGCUGGUUGAAAAGGGGAGUAACCUGUACAUCCUUCAGCAGUGUUUCCUUAGACCCAGCAGUUGUCUCCUUCUGUUUGAAUCAUUCAAGCCGCAUGCAUGACCUUUUGCUUAGGACUCAGCAGUUUGCUGUCCAUGUCCUUGCCAGGGACCAGGUGAAAUAUGGUGUACAUUUCUCUGAGCCAGUGAAGGAUGGCAUUUGCCAGUUUGCCAGUGUACCCCACCACCUAGGGAAGGAGGGCCUUCCUCUGAUAUCUGGGUGUUCAGCAGUAUUGGAGUGCAAAGCUCAGUCUGUCCAUACAGUUGGGGACCAUCAUGUUUGGUACGGAGAUGUUUGUAACGCUGUUGUCAAUCAUAGCACACCCGACCCUCUUCUGUACUUCAUCAGGUCAUUUAGAUCCGUUGGAGAUGAGAUAUUUAUAAAGGCAUUUGAGGAUGCUUCCUUACCGUUUGAGGACUGGACCCAUGAGGCACAUCUAAAGAUGGCGUGGAAUUACAUUUCGGAGUUCGGAAAAGAUGGAGCCACCCCUCAUAUUGUAGAAGGCAUACAGAACUUUAACAAACAAAACGAAGAUAAGGUGAAGUAUGAUUACCACGAGACCAUCACAAUGUUCUACAUAUCAGUGGUAACAGACGCCAUACAGAGGGGUAAUGCAGAUUGUUUUGACGACUUUAUCUCGUCACAUACUUACCUCUUAGACAGGAGUCUUCCCUCACAGUACUACUCAAAAAGCAGGCUCUUCAGCCCAGAGGCACGACAUAGGUUUGUUUCCCCAGAUAUACGGCCACUACCUUGUUGACAACUAUAACGCUGUAUGACAUGCAUUGCUAUGUUUUUGUGAUAUUACUGAGAAUUGCAAUUGUGUGAUAUUUUACAGUAGUUGGACAUGAUGAUUUUUUUGCCAAAAAUUCUCAUAUUUUUAAUCAGUGUUUUAUUUGCAUAUCAAGAUCGGUGUCAUAUUGGAACAGGAAGAAUAUAUUGUUUCUUGUGUUAAACACAUAUUUCCCAAUGGACUGGUUACAAUUACUAUAUAUUUAUAUCAACUCAGAGGUAAUGCUUCUGUCUCUAAUUUACACUUUUUUAAGUGUACAUUUCUUGCAUAUUUCAUGAUGUAAUUUUUCAACAAUAUUUGUGUUGAAUUUUUGUUUGCUGUGUGAUUUGCUCAAAAGAUAUAUGUUAGAAUUGUAAACUAUCUUAGUACUACAGGAUAUUUGAUUAGAUUUUGUCAUUUCAAGGUGAAAGAAAUGUAAACUGUGUAUUAUCUUGUCUGUGGUGCAAGAAGAUGAAUUCUUAUUUGUUAUGUCAAACUAAUUGAUUUAGCUGGUCAAUACAAGUAUGGUUAAAUUUGUAUGUCUAAUUUCCUGGUCAAUUUAUAGAUAUUGAUAAUAGAAUUUUAAACAUUGGAGAUAUUGAUGUACUUUAUAAGUGCAUACUUCGGCAACCUGCUAGUUGUUUUUGUAAUGCUGGGCGAAGAUUUUAAGAUUUUUCAUAAUGAAGUAAAGUUUUCAGUUCAACAGUUAAAAUAUUUCACUGAAAACUGACCACCGGGGUUCUUUACAUAAAUGGUACUUUGGUGCUUUCUUUUUCUAAAGACAAGUUCUGCAAAAAUAUUUUAGAGUAAUUGUCUUUCAUGUUUAUGGGGAAAGUAAUGAAUGUAACUAAUUCUUUUUUAAAGGAAAAUAAGCAUUGUUGACUAAUCUGGUAACUGUAAUAUGUACAAUGUGCAAAUACACUAGUUGUACAAUGAGAGCACAAGGCAGCUUACAAGCAGUUUUUAACUUAAUUGUGCAAGUUUUAAAAGUGUGUACUAUUUUGUGUAAAUCAUUAACUUUUUUAACAUGACCAUGUUGUUUGGUCUUUAUUUGUUCAUUAAAAGUUAGAUUUUUUUAGA